UUUUCUUUUUAUUUUAUUAAGCAUUGCCGAACUCAAUAUUUUAUAGCAAUCGAUUUAGAAGUUUAAUAAUCGAAACAGUACGAGAACAAAGGCUGCGUAUUUACACAAACAGUAGUCACGUAGCAGCCAUAGGCGUCGCAUGUAUAUGCAAAAUUCAAUACACUGUUUUAAUUAAUAUCUUGGAAACUAUUAACGCAGCCAGCAUUGAAAUUUGGGAAGAGAAAGGGGAAGAGGAAGGCGAAGAAGAAGCCCAUCGAUGAACUUCAGCUUCGUAGAGAAUUAAGAAAACAAAGACGAAGAACAGACUUAAUGGACACAGAAAUGACUCAAGAGUUACCAGAACAUCCUGAAGAAAUCAGGAUCGGAGGUAUCGAGGGUGGCGCGACGCAUUCCACGUUUAUCAUCAUGGAUGGAAAAGGAAAGGUAUUAACGCAAGUGAAUGGACCGAGCACCAAUCACUGGUUGUUGGGAAUGGAUGAAACAGCUGCCAGAAUCAACGCGAUGGUGAAUAAGGGGAAACAGGCUAUAAAAAUGUCUGAAUUAGUUCCUUUAGAUUGCUUGUGUCUCAGCCUGAGUGGAUGCGAAGAAGAAAAAACUAAUCAGCAGUUAGUGGAAACAAUACAACAAAAAUACCCAAACAUUGCUAAAGUUUGUGAUAUCCAGUCAGAUACCAUGGGUAGUCUCAGGACUGCUUUACCAAAUGGAGGAAUAGUUUUAAUUGCUGGCACCGGGAAUAAUGCUUUGUUGGUCAAUUCGGAUGGGAAGACUAUAACGUGCGGUGGGUGGGGACACUUCAUGGGGGACGAAGGCAGUGCCUUUUGGAUAGCUCAUAGAGCUUGUAAGUAUGUACUUGACGAUAUCGAUGAUUUCAUACAGGCGCCUAAACCUGUAAAUUAUGUAUGGGCAGCUAUGAGACAUUAUUUUAACGUAACAAAUACAAAUGAGUUAUUGCCGCAUUUUUAUAAAGACUUUAACAAAAUCACUUUUGCUAAAUUUACCAUGGAAAUUGUGACGGGCUGUGAAAAGAAGGAUCCACUUUGUUUGCAUAUUCUCGCGGAAAAUGCCAGACAUCUUGCGAAACGUAUUAUAGUCCUCUCAAAGAAGACUCAUAACGACAUUAAAUUAGUUCACGGUGGAUUGAAGAUUGUCUGUAUCGGAUCAGUUUGGAAAUCAUGGGAUUUUAUGAAGGAUGCUUUCCUGGAUAAAAUUCACGAAUCUCGAACUUUGGAUGAAUUAACUUUGAUUCGUUUAAUAACAUCAUCUGCAAUAGGUGCCUGUUAUUUAGCCGCCGAAAAGAUCAACUGGCUAUUCACAAAACCUUAUGAAAAUAACAUCGAAAUAUUCCAUCACUAUGUACGUAAUAAUUAUGUAAAACCGGAAGCAACGAAAGAUAUAACGGAACAUGAAAAAUAUGUUCUUUGUCGUAACUAGAAAUUAAUAUAAA